AUGUUGGUGGAUUGGGCGUUGACAAGCCUCGUAUUGGUUGUUGCUGCAACCUUUGAUGGAGCUCGUGGAGAUACCAUGAUUGGCGGCACCGUCUUUUGUGAUCAAUGCAAAGAUGGAGACAUUGGCACUCUCGAUUACCCUCUUGGUGGAGUUAGAGUAUUGCUGGCUUGCCCUGGGGAGCAUGGGCAAUUCACAGUGAUGAGAGAGGAAACUACAAGCUGGCUAGGAACAUUUACAGUGUCAUUUCCAGGUUUGAUAGACAUGGGUAAUUGCCGGGCACAAAUUUCCGGCAAUGGGCAGGGCUGUGGGGCAGCAGGCGGCCCUGCCCAGAACUUAGUACUCAUGUAUAAGUUGUUUGAUAAUCAAAUGUAUAGGGUGGAACCUUUGAUUGCUCAACCUGCAACCCCUUCUCCCUUCUGUCGCCGACCUUCGCCCUUGCCCGACUCACGACCUCCUCCCAACGUUCCACCCCUUGUUUCUCUGCCACCAGUACAACUUCCUCCUUUGCCUCCAUUGCCUCAAUUCCCUCCCGUAACGCCAAUGGCGCCGUUACCACCAUUUUUUCAAAUGCCACCGUUGCCUUCAUAUCCGCCUUCCUCUCCAACAACUCCAUUGCCACCACUGAUUCAGCUUCCCCCGUUACCACCAUUGCCGCCAUUGUUGCCUCCCAUUACACAGUUGCCACCAUUGGCGCCAUUGUUGCCUCCCAUUACCCAGUCGCCACCAGUGCCUCAAGCGCCACCAGUGCCUCAAGCGCCACCAAUACCUCAAGUGCCUCCGGUAUCUCCAUUGCCACCAGCAUCUCCAUUACCUCCAAUGACUGAUCAGCUGCCUGCAGUGUCUCCCUCAUCUGAGUUGCCUCCUUCACCACCCGAGUUACCUUCCAUGCCUCCGUUGCCUGAGUCACAUGCACUUCCACCAUUGCCCCCAAUGCCAAUAGAGCCUUUCUUCAACUCUUCAGCUUGUUCACAUCAGUAA